AUGCCCCCACUCGAGCGGCGACGAGACUCGGAGCCGCCGCGCUCGCAGGCCGUCGACUUGCGCGACGAUGGCGGCGACGGCGCCGGUGAAAGCGCGCUCACGGUCUCGCCGACGCCGACGUCGACGACGACGACGCUGUGGUGCGCCGUCGACCGCGAUGGCGAUGCGCCCGGGCCUCUCGCACCGACUGCCGCCUCAACCUCGACCUCGCCUGUGCGGCCAGCCAACCACCCACCUCAGCCCCGACCGCGCCUCUUCAAGCUCACGUACGCGUCGACCACACGCCUCCUCGCGCUCCCCUCGCCCUCGCACUCCCUCUUUGCCCCCUCCUCCCCUUCUCUCUCGUCCGCCGCCGCCUCCCCCUCCUCCCUAUCCCAGGCCGCCUCCUCCUCCUCCUCCUCCUCCUCCUCCCCGUCCCCCUCGUGCCGCACCGCCGCCACCGCCACCGCCACCGACGACGCCGCCGACGCCGUCCCCGACCCGCUCUCCUUCACCUCCCUCUCGCGCGCCGCCCACGCGCUCUUCGCGCUCCCGGCGCAGCAGCGCGUCGCGGCGCUCCUGUACGACGACGACGACACCGAGGCCGGCGAGCACAAGGGGGGCGGGGGCGCGGGCGGGCGUGAGGUCGUCACGGUGAGCUCGACGGGCGAGUUGAGGGCGCUCUUUUUCGUGCUCGUCGCGGACGGGGACGGGGCUGAGGGGCGGCCGGUGCGGCUAAGGCUGGUGGUCGUUGACGAGGGCGAGGGCGGGAGCGGGGGCGGGGAGCAGCGGCGCGAGGGCGCGUGCGGACCGGUCGAGGUCGACGAGCACGAGGCGGCCCGAGCGGCCCUCGACGAGCGGGACGAGGACGGGCGCGCGCGCUCGACGGGCGCGGGCGCGAGGGGCAUGGGCAGCGUGCGCGGCGUCCCUCUGCGGUCGUCGUCGUCGUCGUGCGCCGGCGAGCGGGGCGAGCGGGGCGAGCGCGCCGAGAGCGUCGGGAGGAGCCUCGUGCGGCGGCUCUCGAGGAGGUUCUCGCGGCGGAGCAUGCGGGGCGAGGCUCAGACCGAAUCUCCGCCUCCUCUGCCGGCGCCGCCCCUCGCGUCCCUUGCGCCCUCGCCCUCGCGCCCGCCGAGCACCGUCCCGCCCACCCGUCCAGCGCUGCACGCCCGCGCGUCAACCUCGGCGCUCCUCGCCUCUCGACCCGCCGCCUCGCCGCCGCCGACCCACCCGCUGCGCCCGCGCAAGUCGCUCGCCGCCCUCGCCGACUUGCUCGCGCCCAACCGGCCCCUCGCGCCCGUCUCGCGCUCCACCACCUCCACCACCACCACCACCACCACGUCCUCCUCCUCUCGCCCUCCCUCCCCCUCGUCGCCCUCUCGCGCCAGCGACGCCCCGCCGCCUAGCUACCGCAGCGUCGUGCGGAUGAAGGAGGCGCAGCUGCAGGCGCGGCGGCUCGGGAGGGGGCUCAUCGGGGCGUGCGAGUGA